AAAUUCGUUAGAAAUUCAGUUCAAUUGAAUCUUUAGUGCGCGUGUAUAUGAAGAUUCAUUUGGGCAACUAUUCUCAAGUGUCAGUUUAGUUCUACAUUUCCGAAUUAGGGUUAGGAACAAGAGGAUGCUGUCUUAACUUUGGUUAGGCCAUAAAAACUGCCGGCACUGUUAAAUUCUAUUGAGGAAUCACAUCUUUGUUCCAAAUAUCAAGUUUAAGAGGUUUAUGCAAUGGAUUCUGAAGAGACAUAGAUUGAGAUAUUGGUGGAUGCUCAUCUUAAUGUCACUUAGACAUGCUGCAACACUUUCACACUGAAAAUAAAUAAUUGGGUUUAUUUUUUGAUUGAGCUGAUCCCUAAGGUCGUCAUAGUUAUUUAUUAAUGGUAUCUGAUAUGGUAACUAGCAUGGCACCCCUUCAGUCAUUUCUGAUGAAGAUGGGAGUAAACACAUCAGAUCAUGCUUCCAUAGUUUCUAUAAAUUUGUUUGUAGCACUCCUCUGUAUGUGCAUUGUGAUCGGUCAUUUGCUAGAAGAAAAUCGAUGGAUGAACGAAUCAAUCACAGCCCUAAUUAUUGGGCUGUGUAGUGGUGUUAUUAUCCUGUUGACCACUGGAGGAAAAAGCUCUCACAUUCUAGUUUUCAGCGAAGAUCUGUUUUUUAUCUAUCUCCUUCCUCCUAUUAUAUUUAAUGCUGGGUUUCAGGUCAAGAAAAAGCAGUUUUUCCGCAACUUCAUGACCAUCACAUUGUUUGGCGCAGUGGGCACCUUGAUAUCCUUUGUUAUUAUCUCACUUGGUGUUAUACUAUUGUUCAAAAAGUUUGAUAUGGCUCUACUGGAUCUUGGAGAUUAUCUUGCAAUUGGUGCAAUCUUCUCUGCUACGGAUUCUGUUUGCACCUUGCAGGUUCUUAGUCAGGAUGACACACCUCUACUUUACAGUUUGGUCUUUGGGGAGGGUGUUGUCAAUGAUGCCACUUCUGUGGUACUUUUCAAUGCUAUCCAAAAUUUUGAUCUUAAUCACAUCGACUUAAGGACCGCUUUUCAGUUGAUUGGCAACUUUGUUUAUUUAUUUUUUACGAGCACCUUGCUGGGAGCAGUUGCUGGUCUUCUAAGUGCUUACAUCAUCAAGAAGCUGUAUUUUGGAAGGCAUUCUACUGAUCGCGAAGUUGCUCUUAUGAUACUCAUGGCUUACCUCUCUUAUGCACUUGCUGAAUUGUUCUACCUCAGUGGCAUUCUUACAGUAUUUUUCUGCGGGAUUGUGAUGUCUCAUUAUACAUGGCACAAUGUGACAGAGAGUUCAAGAGUUACCACCAAACAUGCUUUUGCCACGCUGUCAUUCAUUGCUGAGACAUUUAUCUUCCUCUAUGUGGGUAUGGAUGCAUUGGAUAUUGACAAGUGGAGAGUUGUGAAAAGCAGUGCAGGGAAAUCAAUUGGGUUGAGUUCUAUGCUGGUAGGCCUAGUCCUUCUUGGGAGGGCAGCUUUUGUGUUUCCUCUGUCAUUUAUUUCCAACUUAACCAGAAAGACUCCAGAAGAGAAAAUCACCUUCAGGCAGCAAGUUAUCAUAUGGUGGGCCGGUCUGAUGAGAGGUGCAGUCUCAAUGGCUCUUGCUUAUAAUCAGUUUACAAGAGUGGGCUACACUCAGCUUCCAGGCAAUGCUGUCAUGAUCACAUGCACCAUUACUGUUGUUCUUUUUAGCACAGUGUUGUUUGGCAUGAUGACACAACCCUUGAUCAGGCUUAUACUUCCUCACCACUCAAAACCUGCUCAUGGGGUAUCUUCAGAGCCAUCAAGCCCUAAAUCCUUCCUCGUCCCUUUCUUAGAGAAUGGCUCUGGCGAAGGGCCAGACUCAGCCCGGAGUGUGGCCAGGCCAUCGAGCCUCCGCAUGCUUCUUAGGGCACCAACCCACACCGUGCAUUACUAUUGGCGGAAGUUCGAUAAUGCGUUUAUGAGGCCUAUGUUUGGAGGCAGGGGCUUCACCCCUUUUAUACCCGGCUCCCCAACCGAAAGUAGCAACAAUGUAUGGUAAAUUGUAGUGACAUUUCAUUAAGAAAUGGAAAAGCCAGAUAUUUUCUAGAGAGAGAGAGAAAUGAAGAAAAAGAACAAACAAUCCACUUAGCAAUUUCCGUCAAAUUGAUUGGCAUUUGUGUGAAGCAGGUGUGUCGGGCUUGUGGCCUGGUAUGAAAGGAGUUUUGGUAGUUUGGUGUGCAUAAGGAGUGUAUUUAAUUCAAGGUUGUGUUUAUUUCUUUCUUAGGUCUAGGUAUUUGUAUUUAUUAUUGUUUAAUUAUUUGUGUUUGGUCUUCUUUAUAUGUUUGAGCGAUGGACUACUUUAAUUGUUCAAAGGAUCAUUUAUUUAUGUAUUUACCUCACAUGAAGUGAGAAAAUGGUGUUCA